AUGGUUCAGCUUAUCGCACUCGCUCUCAUAUCACUGGGCGCCUAUCUACUCAUUGUGAGAUAUUCUUUCGUCCCCAACUUAUUGGGUGAAAUUGCCUACAUAAACCAUUUUCUGUUGUUCGCGGUGGGCAUACUACUGAUAGCUACAUGCAUUGUUGGUUUUCUCGGGGCGGCAAACGGAGACUCAUGCCUUCUUCUCACAGUAAAAUGGCUAGCCGGACGCCUAAGGUACACGUUACAGGAAAGAUACUCGCGUGGAUACAAUGACGUUGACAGAGCAGUGGAUUUGGUACAACAAAAAUUCAAAUGCUGCGGCUCAAAAACUUACCAUGACUGGAAAUCAAGCGUGUUUCAAAAUAGCAGCAAAGAAGACGCGCUAGACCUCUUCGGUUAUGGUUUACGUGUUCCCGAUUCGUGCUACUUGUCUCCAACCGUGCGGUUUCGGAGUCUUUUGAACCCCAACCCGGAAGCCAAGAGACACCUACUCUACCUAAUGGCUCUGUGCAUUUCUUCAUGCCUCGUGAGUAGAGUGAACUCAAUAUGUUCACAUACUUCUGCGGCGAAGAAGCGAACCCAUGAGGGAUUCGCGGUCAACUGA